AUGGUUUUCCGGAGCAACAAGCCUGCCCGGCCAGCGAAGGCACGAACUAAUCUUAAUGUCAACACCGAAACUGACGGACACGACAAAGCUAACCUCAAGACCUCACCGCGAGGAUCUAUCCAAGUCCUUUCCCACCAGCAGCUCGUCACGAGACAACACCGCAAGUGGACCGACUACUCUUCACAUACCUCUGCAAAUGUCGAUUUUUGCACACGCCAGAAGAGCACACACACCAGAGCAGCUUCCGCCUCGGCGCUCAGUCAGAAUGCCGCCGCCAUGAAAUCCUCUCUCUCGGUCAACAAGAUGGUCAGCAACCUUGAGAGCAGGAUCGACAUGGGCCAAGCUAUCAGCUUGCUGCAGGAGUUAAAGAAGACCGCUUCGCCCGAGGAGUUGGUCGCUCUGCACAGAGCUCUACUGCCCGUCAAGGAGGAUACACCACCGCUCAGUCCCACCUGUCCUCAGCUGCCUCCCAUCGGCGAACAUGCCUACACAUCUGCACCCAGCACCAGAGCAAAGUCUACCAUGCUCCCUGGUCUAGCGACUCGUAGCAGCAUGUUCGAUGACGCGCUGAGAAAGCCGUCUGAUCCAUCUGCUCCGGAGGUGCAGCCCAAGGAAACGUGGAGACUCGAUUGGCCUGAUCGAAUCUCGGACGGCAAAUCUUCUCCUACUCGAGCUGGCACCCCGAAUGAUCAUGACUGGCACGCAGGCGCUUUCCAGGCGGGCACCUUACGCAUCACUAAUGACGCAGCCUCGCCUGAGCCAAGCAUGAUCACCAAAUCAGCAGAGCCCCAAUGUCCGGAAGUUGUAAAGGAAGAAGAUUUAAUGGACGGGGCUUCGAAGAGCGUCAGCACUCUAGCAAGCACCGUGAUCGAUGACGAUCGGCCGGAUAGAUCUUCUGAUACGCAGAUCUCAGAUCCUACAGCGAAUAGGGAAAAUGGGCAGCCAGAGACGCCGUGUCCGCAAAGAGAGCGCCCGGAAUCCGACGGUGGAAUUCUAUCUUCAGAUUCAGCAAUGAGAGAGCAGCUUUUGCUCGACAGGCCACUCCAGCGACACAGCUUUCAUACGCCUCAAACCGCGACAACGCUGGAAAGAGCCCCUCGUUUUCAGCAGAGAUGGGAUCACCGUGCAAGCCACCUCAGUCAGGAAUACAUAAUAGAUUGCGAACUGACUGCCAGCCCGCCGGAAGAGAGAAACGGGCUGUUCGACUUCGCGUCACGCCUGAGCACUGUGAUGGACGACGAGAACGAAGACGAUGAGAACGCCGCGGAGAAAGAAAACCGCGGCAUCGCUCACGCAAGGACUCUCUCCAAGCUGACCGGUGAGCGUGACGGCGCGGAAGUUGGAGAUGGUCAAGAACAUGGUGCGGCGCGCACCAGUGGCGACCAACUCCCUCCUCCGGCAAUGCAGAUCGCCACUCGAGCUCACGUAGUCCGCAAGAUGGACAGCGGAUACUGCUCCGAUGAUCUUGGCCAUGUGCUGCAACAUCAAGAUUCCGCCGAAACAGCUUGCAACAGACGCCCAACUAUCGCGCCAGACGAAGCGCCGACGUUCAGUGCUCAGGAUCAAAGCCGAACCCGCAGAAGAGAAGUCGGCGGUCAGUCCACAUACGAUGGAUUGAUCAACACAUCUCCGACUUCCGACUCAGGUCCGGGUUCCUCGCCAGCUAACGGUACCAAAAAGACCACCCCUCUCUCGCUGUUCAAGUCCAAACCAAGGCGACAGAGUUUCAAAGUGCUGAACGUCGAUCCUGGUACCGACCGGGCCGCAAAUGCUCCCGCGCGAAUGCAGUAUUUCGAAAGCUCAACAGAUACUGACACCGCUCGCGUCGAAGUACGAAAGAAGAAGCUGCGUAAACCAAUGCCCGAGUCCGUACGAUAUAAGCGUAAAAAGACUGUCGGCAACCUGCGAGACUUGGCCGAAUCGCAAGAAGCAGACACUGGGCUUCAGUCAUCCGACACUACACCAGAGAAUCUUUCGCCCUCUUGCAUGCCCGAGGAGCAGAGCAGGCCGUCUACAGCAACUAUCCGGUCGCAAGCGGGCUCGAUUCCGCAGACUGGCGAUGACGAUGUGUCCAAAUCGAGUUCAUCUGCAGCGCCGAGCAAUGGUUGGCUGAGAAAGCGAGGCAAGAGCUUUGGUAGGAAGCGCAGUAAGACUUUGGACGAGUCCUGUUCGGAAGCUUCGCCACCGAUGCAAGACCAAUCUGCGCCAGUGCGCAAACGCAGCAAGAGUUUGAAGGACGUCACCUCCAACGAGGAAGCAUCAAAGACCGCGAACGUGAGCGACGCCCAGGCACCAAGUGAUGAGGGAGCCCCAACGAUGCAACACCAUAGCCAAGGAUCACCACGCACGCCUGAACAUAGCAGCUUCGCCUCGGUUGCGCGUGCGUUGAACUCGCAUCCUCCCAGCCCGCAAAAGCCCUCCCACAGCCUGACGGAGCCCAUCCGUAGCUCAACGGAGCCACAAUCGAGACCCAAGGACCUCCUUAAGCGGUACUACUCUGUCCACCGCUUGCAUGACGAGGAGCCGCAUACAGACCGCUCGGACGGUAGACCUGAAAAUUCCUCACCAGAGCCAGGAGCAAAACCACCCCCUCCGCCGGCGCACGCGAAGCAGAAACGAUCACAGCCGACGACGUCACUUACAUCGGUCGCUGUUGGCUCUUCAUGCUCAGUUGAGGAACGCUUUCCGGGCUGGCAGGGCAAGCCCGCUUUACAAACGACCGUAUCAGAUUUGCCUUGGUUGUCGCGCAGUACGCAGAAUUCACAACCUAGUAGGUCUCGAACAUUUGCAGAAGGUGUACCGCCACUUCCCGAGCUGCCCCCGGACAUCGCGACGAAGGUAUCUAGAGCAGACGAAGUUGUUGCAAAGAAGCUCAGGACCAGCCCGAGAUCGUCUCCUUUGACAUCAGCACGCAGCAGCAUUGACUCUGGCGACACCCGCAAGGCUACGGUCAUCAGAAACGCGGCACGUAGAGAGCAGGAGGCUCGCGUGGCCAAGGAGAAUCGGAUGGCUACCCUUGAGCGCCUCAGUAGUCCCCGCACUGACGGCCUCGAAGCCCCUCUGUCGCAGCCAGGCCAUGUCCAGCGGUGGAGCAUAGAUGGCACUAUUCAAAUGCCUCAUCCUGAAGACCAGGCGGUACCGGCGUCUCCCACCCACGACUCUCAGCAUCCUGGUUGGCCAUCUUGGGACAAGCAAUCCAACCUCUGGCGCCAGCGUAGACAGGCUCUAGUCGAGCCAUGUAGUGAAAGCACACGAAAGACAUCCUCCGCCUCAGGGGAGGAGGACUCUCCGGCAUCUCCAGCGAUUGUAGUCUCGAGAUACAUAACACCCCUAGGUGCCGAGAAUGUCUACCUUGCUAAUAAGGUCGGCCAGACCAACAGCCAGGCCAACUCGGCCGAGAAACUUGCGCAGUCUUACGGCGAGCUCAUUAUCUCCGAGAAGGAGAACUGUCCCAUCCAGGCAGAUUCCCGUCGCGCAGACAGCGUCGUGUCUGCUGCUACCUUCGUCACAGUGUCGUCCGCUGACGAACGGCCGGCCCAGUACGACGUCCCGCGGACUGGCAGUGCUGUUUCGACUUAUACCACAACGACCACGACUACGGUGUCUACGUCUCGGCCUUCCGAUAAGGGUUCCGCACCACCACCAUAUGGAAGGAGCAAGUCAUUCUAUGCAGCUUAUCGACCUGCGGAUUCGGCCCGUGCUGAGCGGUCUCGUGCUCUGAGUCUAGCACGCCGGUCUUAUCAUGCGUCCAAGGAGUCUUUGAAUCCGCCCGAGCGUCCCGAGCUCAAGCAGCGCACUUCAGAAGACCUGUUCGAUCGCUACAGCGGUGGAUUGAACUUUGGAUGGGAUCGCGACACCGGGUUCGGUGGCAGCGCCGGCAUGCGUUCCUUUACGAGCUUGGACAUGGAGAGUGUGAAGCGCAAGAGUGUCAAGAUGAGUGAGGAGUUCGGAUUGGAUUUGAGCGACGUUCCUGUUUUCCUUCGGAAGGUGUAG